AUGACAGACUAUAACAAACUUAAGGUCGCUGACCUGAAAGAGCAGCUUGCCCUGCGUGGGCUACCACUCAUCGGCAAGAAAGACGAACUUGUCUCGCGUCUAGUUGCUGAUGAUGCUACUAAAGCUUCAAACCCACCCAAUGGAGAAUCAUCUUCCGAGCCUGCGAAGGAGGAAGCUCCGGUUGUAGCUUCAGUUACUUCAGCUACUGAAACGCCAGUCGAGCAGCAAGACACCAAAAAAGACACAACAGCUCCUCCAGAAUCCGUCCCGGAACCAGCUUCUGCCGCUCCAAUUGAGGGAGAAAAGAAGAAAUUCACUUUCAAACGCCUUGCAGAUGAAUUCGAAGCCCCGGCGCCCAAUGAAGUAGCAAAGCCUGAACAGCCUGAACAGCCUGAAGAGUCUGAACAGCCUAAGGCCCCUGAGCCCGUCGAGUCUUUCACUGCCGGCCUAGCUACUACGAAUACCGAUUCAGAACUCGAGAAACGGAAAAAGAGAGCAGCUAGGUUUGGAGUGCCUGUCACUGAUUCCAUCAAGCUCGCAGAACGCGCCAAACGAUUUGCAGCAGAUGGUGAUGAUUCAAACAAAGACACCACAAUCAAGGCUUUAGACUCUGCUCUUGGUGAAAAUAAAGGCAAAAAGAGAGCAUCCGAAACCCGUAUCCAAAAUGAGCCACCAAAAAAGAGCAAGGAUAGUCCGAAACCCGCUGUUACAGGCGUCCUAACCGACCCAUCUGAAAAAGCGAAGGCCGAGGCUAGGGCCAAACGAUUCGGAUAG